AUGCCGAAGAAACACCAAAAACGAGUCCUAUUCCUCAAACCGCAGUCCAGCAGUCCUCAUACCCUCUCGCUCUCGAAGUCCUCCAAACCUGAAAACUCGGAUACUCCACGCACCGUCAAUGACCUGAUUCGGGAGUCUCGUCGUCAGCAAUUGAGAAAUGGCACGAGAUCUGACACUGCAGCUAACGCAUCCUCUGUCCACCCCUCUGUGAGAGCCGUCCUUGACCUACCCACCCCGCCUGCGCCUGCCCCACGACCCAGAUUUGGUCCUCGCGUAGCUGGCGGUGAGUUGGGUCCGAGUCUGCUGUGGCACAUCCCUGGUCCACCUCCACCACAGAGCUGGCUUACAGGCAGACGCGGUACUUCGACUGUUUCCAGUUAUCCUGUCGCUCUUGCCACCGAUCCAGACAUUGGCAAUGGUCGCAUUCAAGUGCGGUCGAGUAAUCUGCCAAACGGAGCCUUCCCCUCUGUCACCUCCCUCCAGCAUCUCGUGUUGAAGAGCAUAGCAUGCAAUUGGGAAUGGCACGCAGAGAACGACGGCGACUAUUUUGUGGAUCUGCCUAUCUUACUCAGGGAAAAUCUCUUGAGCUACAUUGCCGUAUACAGCGAGACGGUCCGGAGUAAUCCCUUGAAGAUUCUGUUUUUAGAUGAAACGGACACCGAGGACAAGGCGCAGGUCACAAGGCUGGACUUAAGCAACGCCGUCGGGACUUGGACGACUUUGAAACAGUUGGAAAGAAAUCUAUUGGUUAAGAAUGCAGGUACUACGACUAUCAAGAAGACGGCCGAAAAUCGAACUUAUACAAUGGAUCCUACUCCAGAUAGCUGGGACACUGAUGCAAACGGUGAACACGCAACAGACACUCUAAUGAUCACUCCACUGCCUAGAACUAUCCACACCUUCAAGAAUUUGAGGCAUCUGUCCCUCGCUGUCUCUCCAUACAACUUCAAGGCUGCCUCGUGGUCUUCGCUUCUUGCUCUGACUGCUGAAUUGGGCACUUUGACCUCUCUUUCACUGGCACACUGGCCUCAACCUACACUCACGCCAAACGCCGCGUUCACACGAGCCCUAAUCAACCGGCCCGAUUUAGCAUCGGCUGUGUACGACGGAUCGGACAUUCAUACGUCUCUCGACGACGACGACUGGCGAGAAGCAGCAGGAAUACUGCGGACACUGAGCCGCUCGUUAUACUGCCUAAGAUGGCUGGAUCUUACAGGUUGUGGAGACUGGUUUGCUGCACUUGAAUGGAAAAGCCCACUGGCCGUAUCGUUCUUCUCUCUACCCUCAUUUUCCCCUCCUGGGGAGGAAACGGCUGGCCCUGAAUGGAACAGUGGCUGGCGUGGGCUGGAGACGCUGAUUCUAGAAGUCGGAUGGAGACCGGUUCGUCCUUCGGCGAUAGGACACGGCACUCCAGCCAAGGAUGAGGAUAUCGAGGCCGAGCGUAGGCUCUAUCGGUACAAGAAAGAGCGUGAACGCUUCGACAGGAUUCGAAGCACUGCGCAGUCUGUGGCGCGACAUUUGCGGAGUGUCCGCAAGGCGGCAGGCGGCAAGUGGAUCGAGGUCAAAGUAAGUGAGGAGCUGGUAGGGUCUUCCGAACGUGAUGGGCGAUUGGUAGAGAUAUGA